AUGACUGAGUGGGUAGUGAUUGUUUACGAUAAGCCAAACACCGACAGAUCCAAGGUCCGUCCACAACACGUGGCCGCAAUUCCAGCCGCCGUUACCGCCGGUAUUGUCACCAACGUUGGUGCCAUCUUCCACACCGUGCCAAACCCAGCCACCGAUGAGAAGCCACCGUUUGCUGGUUCCGCUUUCAACUUGAUCGCAGAGUCCAGAGAAGAGAUCUUGGAGUUCUUGAAGAAGGACAUCUACGCCAAGGAGGGUAUCUGGGACUUGGACAGUUUUAUCGCCUAUCCGUACAGCUGCGCCGCCAGAGUCGAGAAGAAGCUUCCAUAG